AUGAAUAUUUAUACAAAUAUUGAUUUAAUCAUAUCUCCGUCUACUGCAGGUGGUCUUUCGUUGGCAGUGGAAGGUCCCAGUAAAGCGGACAUCAGUUGUCACGAUAACAAGGACGGCACGGUGUCUGUCACUUACCUGCCGACGGCACCCGGCGAAUACAGAAUUUCCGUCAAGUUUGACGACAAGCACAUCAAAGGAAGCCCAUACAAUACAAAAGUCACAGGUGAGGGCCGGAAGAGGAACCAGAUAUCCGUGGGAUCAUGCAGCGAGGUAUCGUUGCCUGGCAAAGUUCUGGACAAGGACUUCCGGCUGUUAAACGCGUCGAUCCAAGCCCCGAGUGGUCUGGAAGAACCUUGUUUCUUGAAACGCCUGGUAAACGGCAACUUGGGUAUUUCGUUCACACCUAGGGAGAUCGGCCAACACGUGGUGUCUGUAAAAAGAAUGGGCCAGCAUAUCGUCAACUCACCGUUCAAGAUAACCGUGGGUGAGCGAGAAGUCGGUGAUGCAAAAAAGGUGAAAGUCACUGGCAACGGGUUGAAAGAAGGCAAAACGCACGUGGAGAAUUUGUUUACGGUGGACACUAGGAGCGCUGGUUAUGGUGGAUUAUCGCUUUCCAUUGAAGGCCCCAGCAAAGCAGAGAUCCAGUGUAAGGACAAUGAAGACGGUACAUUGACCAUAUCAUACAGGCCCACGGAACCGGGAUACUAUAUCGUGAAUCUGAAGUUCGCUGACCAUCACGUCGACGGUUCGCCGUUCACCGUCAAAGUCACCGGCGAAGGAAGCAACUGUCAGCGUGAGAAGAUCGAACGAAGACGGGAAGCCGUACCUCUCACGGAGGUGGGUAGCAACUGCAAACUUACGUUCAAGAUGCCAGGUGUGCUGCCAUACGAUUUGUCGUCGACGGUGACAUCGCCAUGUGGCAUCACUGAAGACGCCGAAAUCAACGAAAUCGAAGACGGCCUCUACGCUGUACACUUUGUCCCGAAAGAAUUGGGCGUUCACACGGUGUCGGUCCGGUACAAGGAAGUCCACAUACCUGGAUCGCCGUUCCAAUUUACCGUCGGUCCUAUGAGCGAUGGUGGAGCUCACCGCGUACACGCUGGAGGUUCUGGUCUGGAACGUGGAGAACAAGGACAACCAUGCGAGUUUAACGUGUGGACCAGAGAGGCCGGUCCGGGCUCACUAGCCAUAUCGGUCGAAGGUCCUAGCAAGGCGGAAAUCGAUUUCAAAGACCGCAAGGACGGCUCAUGUUAUGUCAGUUACGUCGUAGGCGAACCAGGAGAAUAUCGAAUCGGUAUUAAGUUUAACGACCAGCACAUACCGGACUCGCCGUACAAGCUGUUUAUGUCACCAGCAAUGGGUGACGCGCACAAGCUUGAAGUGGCACAAUUCCCGACGUCUGGAGUCCAAGCCGAUUACCCAGCUCAAUUCAUGGUUCGUAAGAACGGUGCUGUCGGUCAACUCGACGCCAAGGUGGUGUCGCCGUCCGGUGCGGAAGACGACUGUUUCAUCCAAUCAAUCGAUCAAGACAUGUACUCUGUCCGUUUCAUGCCCCGUGAUAAUGGCGUUCACAACAUACACGUCAAGUUCAACGGGGUUCACAUUCCAGGAUCACCGUACCGCCUGAAAGUUGGAAAAGGAGACGCCGACCCUGCGGCCGUGCACGCCACGGGCAGUGGUCUGGGAGACGUCAAGACAGGACACAAGACGGAUUUCAUAGUGGACACUUGCAACGCAGGGGCCGGUACAUUGGCUGUAACCAUUGACGGACCAAGUAAGGUUUCUAUGGACUGUACUGAAGUCGAAGAAGGCUACAAAGUCAGGUACACGCCGCUGGUGCCAGGCGAAUAUUACAUCAGUUUGAAAUACAACGGAUAUCAUAUUGUUGGUUCGCCGUUCAAAGUCACUUGUACUGGCGAGGAUUUGGCUGAGCGCGGGCCACAAGAAACAAGCUCGGUGGUUGUGGAAACCGUACACAAAGUGUCUAAAGCUCACAAGGGUGGGGCUGGUGUCGUUCUGCCGCACUUUAAGUCAAACGCUACACUCGUCACUAGCAAAGGAAUGGGCUUGAAGAGAGCGUAUGUGGGAAAACAAAAUCUGUUCAGCAUAAGCGCUUCUGACGCCGGUAACAAUAUAUUAUUCGUUGGUAUUUAUGGACCCAAAGGACCGUGUGAAGAGAUAUUUAUCAAACACAUGAAACAGAACAACUACCAAGUGAGCUAUAUCGUCCGAGAACGUGGCGAAUAUAUUCUACUGGUCAAGUGGGGCGAUGAUCACAUACCCGGCUCACCAUUCAAAAUCGAUACCUAA